UCCUCCAGGCACAUUGCUUCCUUUCUGUCUAUGUUUAAGCUGUUGUUAAUCGGCGUGAUCAUUGUGGGCAAGGAUCCAUUUGCUCUAUUUGGCAUGCAGGCUCCAGGUCUCUGGGUUUGGAGUCAGGAGAAUAAGAUAUAUGCCUGUAUGAUGGUGUUCUUCUUCAGCAAUAUGAUCGAAAAUCAGUGUAUGUCUACGGGUGCUUUUGAAAUCACGCUCAAUGAUGUUCCAGUUUGGUCCAAGCUGGAGGCAGGCCACCUGCCUUCCAUGCAGCAACUAGUCCAAAUUCUGGAGAAUGAGAUGAAGAUGAACGUGCACAUGGACACACUUCCACACCAUCGCUCGUAACCUUGCCUCUGAUUCACUGAAUGGAGCCGAUGACCCCUCCAUUUCUGUGGUGAAGCUCUCCUACGGUUGUGAGGGGACGUUUAUGAAGGUUUGCGCUGAAAGUAGAGACUCUACUAGCACACGCCCGAUGUUCUGCGUUCUCCUCACCAUGCCCCUCGGAGAUGCACCACCUACAGAUGCUGGUGUGGGAUCUACGGCAACAACAGUGGCCAUAUAAUUAUGAUUGCAUCCCAUCUCUUGUGCAAUAACCAUUUGGUUCAGGUCAGGAUAUAUGUUCACUGACUCAAAUUUUAAUUUUAGUUCAGUUAGCUCAGUCAACAGAAUUUAUGAUGGCAUGUUUUACUUUCACAUCCUACUGCACUGCUAACUCUUGGUCUUUGUUUUAAUAAGUAGAUAUGAGAAGCUCCUAACUUAUACGCCCAACCCCCAUCAUGAUAAUUUAACAACUAAGUAACAUUAAUUAUAUUUCUGAGCCCUGGAUUUUAUAUUGCUUUGUAUAGCUUAAAAUGUUUACUAAAAGGAAAAUAAAAUUGAAUAAAACUAAA